AUGACUGCUGCCGACGCCGAGCAUGUGCGCGGGGCGCUAUCGCUCAUUCAAGAGACAAACCUGCCACAUCUCCUGGGCCCGCUACUCUGCGCCUUCGUCGAAGAAGCCCUGGACCCCGGCCUGGCGGCUAUCUACAUCGAGCACAACUACGACCAAAGCCGCUGGAACCACUGGGUCUUCUUGACCCAUGCCGACUUGAAUCUUCGAAACAUUCCGGCGCUAUUCGAAUCCCUCAAGUACAAUGAUAUGGCGCGCCGGCUCAUUCACAACGUCUCCAAGGCAUUUGAAGACUACUCAAAAGAAGUUGAAGUUGAGAAGCGGAGCUGGGAAGAACGCGACAACAUUUAG